AUGGGAAAUAAAACUUUUGGUCGGUGGUUUAGUGAAGGAUUUAAAUUCUUCACCUUGAAAGAAACUGAAACAUUUCCUGAAAAUAUAAAUUCCAAGCACAGCAAGAGUUUCUGGUUUAGAGAUUUAAGACAAUUUUGGGAUUUAGAGACUUCUAGAUCUCUACUUACUUACUCCCCCUCUUGGGUAUUCCACAUUUAUUCAAUGUUAUCAACCCCCAGGAAAGACUAUCAACUUCAGUCGAAUAUGUUUUGUGUGUAUCAUCCCGUAAUUUUUGUGGGUCGCAACAGCACUCAGCUGACGUUUUCAACAGUACAUGUGCAUCCAAUUUCUGUUGAAGAUUCUUUUCCGAAAGGCAUUGAAGAGGAAUUGAUAUUCAUGGAUUUUAUGUAUGAUGCGUUCCAGACUGAUAAACAUCAUAAGAAGGUUAAAAAUUGUGAAGUUGAAGGAACUUUUGGCUCAUCUGCCAAGUGA